AUGGCACCUCUACGAGAUCGCGCACUAACGGCCGACGAGGCUACCUCCCCAUCAUCGGGUGCAGCAUGGACGACACCCUUACGCAUCACCAAGCGGGAACAUCCCUCCCAGCUGUCAAGGAGGGCGUCCAACACGAUCAACCGCCUCAAGUCGUCUUCGCUUGUCUCCCAAUCGCCUUUCCGCUCUGAAGGGCCGUUGUCGCCACCGUUGCGGCCGUCAAGUACGGCGGCAGCCGCUAGUCCGAGGAGGGUCAGUGGGGAGAAGAGGCAGAGGCCGCAUAGCAUGCAUGCGCAGGCGGAGAACGAGAAGCCGCAGGGUGCCAAGCGUCGGCAGUCGAACGGCAUCUCCAACCUCGCACAGAGGGAGCCAGUCUCAAAGUCGCCCUUCCUGUCCCAGAAGCCUAGCUCGCCUGCCCAGCUCCCUAUUAAGGUCACGCCAUCACGGUUGCCAACGCCGAAGAACUCGGUAUCUCCCGUGCGACCGUCGCUCGUAUCGCGAAGGCUACAUGGACCGCGUGGCCUUGGUUCGUCUGGCGGCAUCUUCAAGCGCGAGCGUCGCAAGACUGUCACAUUCGACCCGAAUUGCGAUGUGCUGGAGUUCGAGCGCGACAGCAUGGAGAUGGAGGACGAACCCUUCUACAGCGAUGAAGACGGCGACGACGAGUCAGCUGAUGACAUGGACGUCUAUGGCGCGCCCGAACCCGAGGGCGGCGACCACGUCGAGGACUUGGUGGACGACAUGCUUCACGAGGCCGAGCGCCCGCACACGCCUCCGCACGACUCGAGCCACCUCCCACCCGACGCCGACAACGAAGGCGGUAUUCCAUAUGGUCGCACACAUCACUCUGAACGCGCACGCGAGCAACACUCGCAUAAUCACCAGCUUGUUACGCCGCCUGAUACGUCGAGCGACCAUAACUACCACGAAGCGGAGUCCGGCCACGAGGCGGAAACCGACAUGAGCCUUGAAGACCGUGAUGUCCGGAUGAUGCCACCAAGUCCCAGUCCGACGCCCAUCAAGCCUUCGCGGAAUCGCAUCUCUGACGGAGCGGAUCCGUUGCCACCGCGUCUUGACAAUGACGAUGAGCCUGACGUUCAAGUCGUCGAACUCUCCUUCCUCUCAUCCUCGGACGUCCAAUCGGAGCUCGACCGCCACUCUGAGCACGGAGGCGACGUUUCCUUCAGCGCUUUCGAAGCCGAACUCGGUCUCACACCCGGCGCCUCUGCUUCAACACCGCCUCUACGCACCUCGAAGAGCACCCCGCCUCUUCGCCCCGGAACUGGUCCUCGCCCGCGUACAAGCUCAUUUGAAGGCAGGAAACUGCCCGAGCCACCGGCCCAUGCGAGGAGCCGAAGCGCGAGUCCUUUCGAUAUGGCGCCGCCGCCGACGCUCGGUCACAGCGCAAGGGCGGGUUCACCUCUCGCUCGAGAGGGCUCGCCGUUCACACGCGAAGGAUCACCAUUUGCGACUCGCGCAGAGUCGCCCUUCGCCGCUCGCGAGGGCUCUCCCUUCGUCCGCAAAGGCUCACCAUUCGCCCGCGAGAGUUCACCAGCUGCUACGCUUGCUUACGCCCGGGAAGGAUCGCCCGCUACUGCCCAACCACUUCAGCGCCCACCUCUCGUCCAACGCAUGGCCUCAACCGAAUCUUUCGCCUCUGGCGCCAGCUCCUCCGGCAGUAUCACGCGCCAGCGUAUUCGUCCCGAAGACGUAGCGCGGAAACUGGCACAGAAGAAGAGUCCUAGUCAAAGCCCCGUCGUUGUCGUGGAGAAACGCGAGGACGAAGACGCGCAUAUGGCACGUGUAGAUGAGACGGAGGAGCUUGAAGAGCCACCCGUACCACGCACGUCUGCUAUGCGCCGCCAGGAUAACUACACGCACGACGGUGUACGCGAGCUGGAUCCGGAACCUACAUCUAUCGAUCCACCGCGCGCGGAGAUGCUCUCUAGAGCAGCAAGCGACGGCGACGCGUACGGCGGACUCGACUCCCACAUGGAAGAAUCCGCCGAAUCCGACGAGAACGAGGAGCAGCAACAAAUCGGGCACGACAUCGACGAGGCGCGUAAAGCACAGAUCCAGCGCGCGGCGUCGUUCCGCGGUAUUCAGUUCGACAUCGGCACAUCGAGCGGACUCGGUCUGGGUCUUGGCUUCGGACUUGACGGGACGGAGUUGGGCGAGGCGAAGAGCCCGUUACAUAAGAUGGUCGAGGACGUUGCGCGCCCCGUUCGCGGACAUAAGCACGUUGCGAGUAUCACGGAGGGUGUACCCGUCCAAGCGCUCACGCGGCCCGCAUCUGCUACGGCUCAGAUGAUGCACGAGUCAAGCUCCUCGGACGAAGAGGAAACCGACGAAGGCUUCUUCUCCGGUCCCACUCGCGCGCCUGCAGUACCCGCGAAAGACACCGUACCAUCGAAGAAAGACGCCAUCAAAGAGCGCGAACUCGCUAUCCUCCAGAAACGGCGUGAAGCGCGGCGACACGAGGAGGACGAAGAUAUGGGUCGCACUACGCCUCCCCGCAGGCCUAAAGCCAGGCGAAGCGCCAGUACAGGCGAGAUACGCGAUCUCGCGUCCCUUAUGCGUCCUGCUGGUCCAGAUAGGGCUGACAGUGCUGGCCUGGAGGAUUUCAUGCCUGUCACGCCUGAGGUUGAUCUGGAGGCGAGCGUUAAGAGGGCGUUGAAGAGGCGUACAGGAGCCGUCGAGAAUAACAAGUACCAUAUCCGCGAGCACGAGACCAUCUAUGCUGUGAGGCACACGGAUAGCGCUGGUGAUGUCGCGUGGAGGCCUGUACGGAGGCCUAGCGAUAUGAACGAGCAUGCUGCCCAAAUUCGCGCAUACCGUGCGAUGCAGAAGCCCGAUAGGGGCAGCGGCAAAGUGUUUGUACGAGUUGUCGGCGUCAAGGGUCUGGAAGUCCCCAUUCCGCGCGAGCCGACGGCCGUGGCGUGCACGCUCAAUAACGGUGUUCACUACGUGACGACGCCCGAAUGCGUGCUGUCUCCGGACUGUAUGAUUGACCAGGAGUUUGAACUCAUCGAGGGCCCGAAACUCGAAUUCACACUCACUCUUAAAGUCCGACGCGACCCACACAUCCUCGCACAAUUCAAAGCGAAUGCUCCUCCACCCGCCCCAGCACCCGCGCCCAUCAUGCCCCGCGCAAAGCCAGCUCCAGCACCCGCUUCGAAGGGCGGUAUGCGCGCCUUCUUCUCAUCAUCACCGAAGAAACAUGCCAAAGCCAUCGCACCACCACCGCGGGAGCCAUCACCCCCUCCGCGCCCGGUCCUUCAAACCCACCGCAUCCAAGAAAACCUCGCGCGGUACCUUAAGCCCGACGGCACACUCGCGCGCGCGUUCGUCUCGUUCAAAGAUCUCGCGCCGCGCUGCGAUAUGCGGUUGUUCGAGACAAGUUUCCCGCUCAUUGGUCAGCGACUCGAAGCUGGGGGCAAGAGCAGUGCGGCGCAGGUUGGGGAGCUGGUGUUGCAGUUCUUCAGGCUGCCGCCGUUGCCGGGCAUUGCGCAGAAUGAGCUGCCGCAGAGCUUAGAGGAGUGUCACCGCGGGUUGAGGCAUGUGCAGUGGCAUAAGAUGACUUACUUUGAGGGUAUCCUCACGCAAAGUGGUGGUGAUUGCACGACAUGGCGACGCCGUCAAUUCCGCGUCAUCGGCGCCAACCUCGUUGCGUUCAACGACGUAACGAAGCGCGCCUCAGCGUCCAUCGACCUCCGCAAAGCCAUCCGCGUUGAAGACCCCAACGCACCCACCGAAGGCGGUCUAGUCAAGUCUCCCAGCCUAGAUGACGACUUCGACUUUGGCUUCGGCGUCGAGCGUAGUUUCCGUCUGAUCUUCAAGGGCGGCGAAGAGAUCGCGUUCUUCGCUGACAGCGACGAUGAGAAGGCGCGCUGGUUGGAGGUGCUCCGCGCGCUUGUUGGGAGGAUCCCGCCAAAUCCGCUUUGGGCGGAGUUGUUGUGGCAGAGGCAGCAGGAGCUUGCGAAGGCCGGGUCUUCGAAGUAA